AUGACCGACUGGUCGAUCAUGGAUCACGAUUGGCCCACUUACGACCCUUAUCAGUACUAUAACUACUACCAGGAAGCCCAGCCCCCGCAGAUCGCGCCGCCCGCGCAGGCUUAUAUGCCGCCGUCUCCAACCUUGACAUUGCUGCUUUCGUCUCCGGAUCUCACGACGCCGCAGCCUCUUGCUAACGAGAUGCAGCACGCCAACCCUCCACCGCCUCCUAAAAGAGAUAACCCGAGGGAGAUUCGCAACAAAGCUGAGAAGCAGAGACGCGACAAACUCAACCAGUCAAUAUCGGAGUUGGCGUCGAUGGUGCCCCCGGUAGUCGCUGCCAGUCGCAAGAUUGAGAAAACCGGCGUCCUCAGAUUGACUGCACAUUAUUUACGUGCUCAUCAGUACGUGUUUGGAGAUUCUAUCAAUAAGUCAAAUAAGGAGUUCAAGCCGUCCUGUGUGCAAGCACUUUUGGCUCACCUGAAUGGAUUCCUUAUCACCACUACCUACAAAGGCAUAGUGGUUGUUGCCUCAAAGAACGUGCAACGCUAUCUCGGAUAUACUGAGCUCGAGUUAUUGGGCCACAAUAUUUUAAACAUCGUACACGAAGAUGAUCGUGAAUUGAUGAAGGAACAGAUUAUGCCUCAGCCUCAUAUGCUGGGCAUCAAUGGAGAACUGCUGGUGCCAAACGAGCCGAACGCAAGUCAAAAGAUUGCUGAAGCACUGGCUAGCGAUAAGAGAAGAUUCAUGGUCAGAUUCAAGAAAUUAAGCCAGCGUUCUGAGCCGAGCCAGUACAUAACGUGUCACGUGGAAGGUUCACUCCGGAAGGCAGAUUCAGCGUGUCGUGGAUACAAUCGCUGUUGUCAAAUGGUCCGGCGUGCACGUUCUCGAUGUGACAACUCUGGCUCCAGUGGCAAUGACGUAGUGUUCGUAGGUGUCGUGCGUCCGGCGAGCGACACUUUUAUAACCGAGAGUGAAAUGGAAUCGUUCAGUAUGGAGUACCGUACCAGACAUUCGAUCGACGGGCAGAUAAUACAAUGUGAGCAGCGCAUUGCCCUCGUGACAGGGUACAUGACGCACGAAGUGUACGGCGUGAAUGCAAUGAACUUCAUGCAUCGGGAUGACGUCCGCUGGGUGAUCAUCGCACUCAGAGAGAUGUACGAUCAACAUCGUCUAUUCGGUGAAUCCUGCUAUCGUCUGAUGACUAAAACCGGACAGUUCAUCUACAUGAGAACCAGAGGCCGUCUAGACGUGGACCAAGGGUCUAGAGCUGUGACCAGUUUUGUUUGUACCAACACCGUGGUAGAUGAAAAAGAAGGCCAAUAUCUGAUUAAAAUGAUGAAGAAGAAAUUUACACUGUUGGUAAAUAACAAUGAAGAACCUCCAGAAGAAGAAGAGAUUAAAGAUACGAAUGACAGUCAAGUCGUCCCUGUAGAGGAUCCCAGGCAGUUGGAGAAAGUCAUACUGCAUCUUGUGACCAAUUUACCGUCUCCAGAUAUAGACGACAUUCCGCCCAGUAUUUCACCGGAACGUUUUGACUCGCCGUCCUUCCGUUUAUCCAUCAUACCACCAAGGAAAGAGAGGAUUGUGAAGGCCAUAGAGAAAAUAUACAGCAUUAUAUCGCCGUUGCCGAAGAGCCGAAGCAGCACAUACAGUUAUGAAGAUACAAACGAAGCUAGUACCUCAUUUUGUAGUACAGUAACUGAUGUAAUGCCGACUCCUCAAUUGGAACCUGACGAUGUGCUGCCACCACUUACAAUGAUCGCCACUUCAUCGAACCAAGAUAUAACAGAGACUAGGUUACCGAACUUCAGCAACAUAUACUAUCGUCACCCGACUGACAUGAUUUCCAAUGAUAAUAAUUACUACAACACUGCAGAAACCGAAAUAGACUCAUUGACACACAACAUAACAAACCCAACUGGUCAUUACAGCGGUACAGCUUCAAUAACGUUUACCAAUGUUGGUUCAAAUAACCAAUCGGAUUAUUCAGGGAAUGCCAACGGAUCAGGCAUCAGGUACCAAGUGUACGUUGCUCCGCCAGAUGACAUAAACCAAUAUCAAUCAGGCACGAACGUAUCAGAGAUUGCUACACAACCUGGUGUGAAGCGUUCUAGCGAUGGUAGAGAUCAAGAAACCGUGUCGAGGAAGAAAGUCGCUGCCAGGAAACCGGAGUUUACUGAACAGAACUAUGACCCAGAGCCUCCCAUGUUCGAUAACUUCUUCGAUGAUGACCUUCUGAAUACAUCGUUUUCUCAAAUCGACUCAGCCAUCGACUCGCUUGAGCCUUCUAUAAUUGAUCCGUCAUUCCCAGAAUUACUGAUCUCCACCGAAGUUCAAGAAAUUCUUCGAGAAAUCGACCAUCCCGAAGAAUCUCGUCGCAACAACUAAAAAUGGGAAUUAUUGAAUAACUG